CAAACACUUUGUGCCCCGGGGGUGGUUUGCCGCCAUCGCCAUGGUGCGGCGCCGAUCUGACCCCGAACCGCCAGCCCGGCGCGCGGCGGUGCUGGCAGUGUUGGUCUGCGGGGCGCGCUUGGCCUUCGUCCAGCCCCGCGCGGCCGCGCCGCGCGACCCCCGCACACUGGGCGGAGUUGCGCGCUACGCAGACACCGCCGAAAUGCUGCGGGAGCGACCAGAGAAGGUUGAGAAGCCUGAAACGGCUGAGAAGGUUGAGAAGGGUGAGUCGAAGGAGCUGGCGGACGCGGUGGCUGAGGCCCUGUCGCAGGCCGCGCUGUCUGCCGGCGCCGCCGCGGCCGCGGCCGCCGCCAGCGCAGGCCAAUCCGCCCAAAGCGCGCUGCAGAGCCGUGUGGACGAGGCCAAAGGCAAGCUGCAGGCGGAGAUCAAUGCCAUUCCCGUCAAGAUCAGCGCGGCGGCGCAGGAGGCCGUGGAGCAGCAGAAGCAGAAGAUCGCGGCGCUGCCGAAGCAAGUGGGGGAGAAAGCCUCAGAGGCGCUGGAGCGGAGGAAGCAGAAGCUGAAGGAGGAGGCGGAUGCCGCAGUGGAGCGCGCGAAGCAGGUGCCGCAGGAGGCGCUGGAGAAGGCGUUGCAGCGGCUGCAGAAGCUGCCGCAGGCGGCUUUGGACUCCCUAGCCCAGGCCGGCGAGGCGCAAGCGGCCGCCGCCCAGCGCUCCUUGCAGUCCGGCGUGGACGGGGCGCUGGAGGCCGUACAGUCGGCGCCCGGGCGAGCCUUCGGGGCGCUGCAACGGGCGCUGGAGGGCGUGGUGCAGGCGGCCGUAGGGAUGGUCCAGCGCCGCGUGGACGAGAUCUUUCAGGCCAUCGUAGACACCCCUGCUGCCGCGCAACGGGAGGUGUCGGAGGGUGUGGGCAAGAUCCCGGCCAAGGUGAAGGAGAGCGUGGGCAAGGCUGUGGGCGGCCGUUUGUCGGAGGCCCAGAGCGGGCUUCAGCAGCAGCUCACCGUGGCCCAGGACAGCAUCGAGCAAAAGCUCUCUGCCGCCAAGAAGCAAAUCGAGGAGAGCCCGGCAGCGACGGCCCAAUGGGUGAAGACAGGAGUGAAGAGCCGCAUUGAGGAGGCGCAGAAGGACACCGAGGAGCUUGUGCGUGAUGUGAAGGCCGCCCCAAAACUGAUCUCCGGGGCCGCGGGGACCGCCGCUGAGCGCGCCAAAGAGGCGGCGCGGCAGAAGGCGGCGGAGCUGCUUGAGAAGGCGAAGGCCUCCGCCCCGUCCAACCUGAAGCUGUUCUGAUCUUAGUGAAGUUGGUGUCAACUCAAAUCGGAUGCCCGAGGAUGUUGCUUGAGACGUUUUCUCACCACCAUCCUUUUCGUUGCCCAAACAGCCGGGUGUACCUCUUCGACUUUGACUCACGGGUUGCCCCAGCCUGAUGGCAAUUUUCGAGGGCCCGCAUGCAUCGAAGAGAUGCAAACCUAGGGCCCACUUCAGAGCCGAGCGCGGAGUUUCAUGGGCACAACCGGACCGACUGGUUGGGG